UACAUUGAUUGGUUUUUUUUUUUGAAAAAUUACAUUGAUUGGUUUGAAUAUAUAUAUAAGUUGAAAGACCAACUUUCGUUUUUUUCUGAAAGUUAAGGGGCAAAAAAAAGAAAAAAAGAAAAAGACUUUGAUUAAGAAAGUUAAAAAAAGAAGAAGAAAUGGGAAAGAAGGCGUUGCUGAUCGGAUGCAAUUACCGGGGAACCAAGGCAGAGCUGAAGGGAUGCGUGAACGACGUGAAGCGCAUGUAUAGCUGCCUCGUGGAUCGGUUCGGAUACUCGGAAGACGACAUCACUGUUCUGAUCGACACGGAUGAUUCCUACACUCAACCAACCGGCAAGAACAUCCGCAAUGCCAUCUCCCGCCUCAUCCGAUCCGCCGAGCCCGGUGACUUUCUCUUCGUCCACUACUCCGGCCACGGCACUCGCCUCCCCGCCGAGACCGGCGAAGACGACGACACUGGCUACGACGAGUGCAUCGUCCCCUGCGACAUGAACCUCAUCACCGAUGACGACUUCAGGGAUUUUGUAGACCAAGUCCCAGAAGGUUGCCGCAUCACCAUUGUAUCGGAUUCUUGUCACAGUGGGGGCCUCAUUGAUGAAACUAAAGAGCAAAUCGGCGAGAGCACCAAGAACGAUAAUGAACAAGAAGACGAUCGACAUGGUGGAUUGAAGGGCUUUCUGCAUCGCAAGGUUGAAGAUACUUUUGAGUCCCGUGGAAUCCACCUCCCGUCCAAAUUGCGUCACCACCGACAAGAGGAUGAAGAGGAACAAGAGAGAGAGAUUGAACUUGGAUAUGGGGAGCAGUGCCUUGUGAAGAGUAGAUCCCUGCCACUCUCCACACUUAUAGACAUACUGAAGCAGAGAACCGGUAAGGAUGACAUUGAUGUCGGGAAGCUGAGGGCGACCCUUUUUGAUGUCUUCGGACAGGAUGCGAGUCCUAAGGUCAAGAAGUUCAUGAAGGUCAUCUUCACUAAACUCCACCCCCAUGGCAAUAGAGAGGGAGAAGGUGAAGAUGGAGGUGGCAGUGGGUUCCUGGGGAUGGUUGGAAGUCUGGCUCAAGAGUUUCUGAAACAUAAGCUUGAGGAGAACGACGAGGAGUAUGCAAAACCUGCCUUGGAGACACAAGUGGGUAGCAAGCAAGAGGUUUAUGCUGGAGCCUCAAAGCGUGCACUUCCUGAUGGUGGCAUUCUGAUUAGCGGCUGUCAAACACACCAAACUUCUGCUGAUGCCACUCCCGCAGGAGAUGCUUCACGAUCUUAUGGAGCUCUUAGCAAUGCAAUCCAGAUUAUAAUUGCUGAAUCAGAUGGCUCUAUUACCAACCAGGAGCUUGUUCUCAAGGCUAGAAAAAUGCUCAAGAGCCAAGGUUUCGCUCAGCAACCUGGCCUCUACUGCAGCGAUCAUCAUGUUGAUGCCGCUUUUGUGUGCUGAUUACGAAGUUUUUCAAGCUAUGAGGAAAGAAUAAAUAAUUUUAUUUUAUUUUAUUUUUUUAGAAACGCAUCUACUGCAAUCUACUGCAAUGACCAUUCUAUCGUUUUGAUGUUUGUAACUGUGUUUUGUGUGAUGAUCUUACAGUUUUCGCUGCAGAAUUAUAUGAUGGUUUGUUUUAUACAGUUGGAAGAUUAAUGUGUA